UCACUUCUUCAUUUCUGCAUCUUUGGAUGUUGAACUAUUUUCACAAUUGUUGCUACUUCUUUUUUUCUUCGUUCGUUUAUUGUGUCGUUUUCGCAUGUGUUUGUGUUCGAUUGAAGAGUGUAUGGCCAACACUGUAAGAAAUAUCCAUUGUUAUGCAAAUCAUACGCACUGCACGCUACUACCGUAAAACAGACCUCAUGACAGAUUCUCGUGUUGCAUACAAAAUACCGAAAUUACUUUAGCAGCAUUUUGGUUUGUUCAAUUCAAAGUUCUGAACGCAAACGUUUUUGGUCGGUUCCCGUUGUUUUUGUUCGUUCGCAUUUCGUCGAUCUCUUCAGAACCGUGUCGUGUCGUGUCUCUUCAGAAAAAAAAAAAACAAAUUCAUUCGUUGUUGUUGUGUACCGAAAAAUUGAUUUUCAAACAGUCGACAUUCGUCCACAUUUAGCAAAUAAAUAAAUGACAUCAUGAAAAAGAUGUGUUUGCGCAGCAGAACAUACAAACGAAUCUGUAUAAAUUUCCCUUACUUGAGGAUUUUAAACACGAUUCGGUAAAAAAACAGAUAUUUUGUGCUCUGAACGCCGUCAUAAUAGACAUCAUUUUUGUUAUGCUAUGAAAUCUAUACGGACGACAAUUAAUCGAAUUCUAUUUGCUUUCUCUUUUCAGCGGAUCAAGCCGGUCGAGUAAAACAUUUAAGCCGAAGAAAAACAUACCGGAAGGCACACAUCAAUAUGACUUAAUGAAACAUGCAGCGGCCACUUUGGGAUCAGGAAAUCUACGGAAUGCGGUUGCACUUCCAGACGGAGAGGAUCUCAAUGAAUGGGUUGCUGUUAACACUGUCGAUUUUUUCAAUCAAAUAAACAUGCUGUAUGGAACGAUCACGGAGUUCUGUACGGAGGAUAGUUGUAGCAUUAUGUCGGCCGGUCCAAAAUACGAGUAUCAUUGGGCGGAUGGUCAAACUGUGAAGAAACCAAUCAAAUGUAGUGCACCAAAAUACAUUGACUAUUUAAUGACAUGGGUUCAAGAUCAAUUGGAUGAUGAGACGUUGUUUCCAUCGAAAAUAGGUGUACCGUUUCCGAAAAAUUUUCUAUCUUGUGCAAAAACUAUUCUAAAGCGAUUGUUCCGUGUGUAUGCUCACAUUUACCAUCAGCAUUUCUCAGAAGUGGUUCGGCUAGGCGAAGAAGCUCAUCUCAAUACAUCGUUUAAGCAUUUUAUUUUCUUCGUACAAGAAUUUAGUCUAAUUGAUCGAAGAGAAUUAGCGCCGUUGCAAGAACUCAUUGAUAAACUAACGGCUAAAGAUAAUCGACAAAUUUAACACACUCAUUUAAUUUAACCUUUCAACAUGAUAAUUCUCUGUCUCUCUUUCUGUGGUUUAUUUUUUUUUCUUCUGUUCGUUAACGAUGCAUCAACAAUUUUUUUUUUAAUGCAGUCUUUUUAUUUUCUUUUAUCGUAUUUUUUUAUUGUUUCGCAUUUGAUGAGGAUGAUGAAAAAGAAGGGAAAAAAAAUUGUUCAACAGCAUUACCGUAUCUGUUAUUAGUAAUUCUUUUAAAGUCGAAAUACCGAAAGUAAAAUCUCAGCUGAACAAUUUUUUUCAUUAUUUUAUCUUUAUUACUCGUAUAGAACUUAAAGAAAGAAUAAAGAACAGCACUUGAAUCGUAUUUGAAUUACGUAAAUUACAAAUUAGUUUAACAUUUUAAGUUUACAUUGUGCUCAUAUCGCCAUAAUAAUUUUGAAUCAUUUUCUGUGUCUUUUUUUUGUGUUUUCCCAUGGAUUUUGUGAUAAUUCAGUGCAGACAAUGUCAAUGAAAAAUCGAGAUAAAUUCAAAAUACGACAAGAUUUUGUCCAAAUACAUUCUUCUCAUUUGACCAUACAUUGAAAUCUGUAUCUUCAUUUCGACACUCAAUUCACAUAUAUACAUUAUAUAUUUGAAAAGUUUGAUGGCAGCUCGUUGAUUUCAUUUGUUUCGUUCGUUUAGAAUAUUUAUGGAUUUUCGGUUUGAGGAGAAAUUCUUUCUUUUUUUUUUUUAAAUUGCAUACUAUUUUACCAAAACCCUAUAUAAAUUCACAGCAGAGACAAACGUGUAAAACAUUUGGAAUGAAAAUAAUUUUAUGUAUAUUAAUCACUUUACACGAUCACACGAUCACUUUUAUACCAAUAUCUCAAUAUAUACACCCACACAAAGAAAUGAGUAGCUUAAGGAUUAACAAUCGGAUGACUUAUUUUUAAUUAAAUGCAAGUUUUUUGAUGGAAAAUUGUGUAUAAUUUUAAAAAGCAGGCGAACAGUCCAACGAUUGAGCUCAUUUGAAUUUGAAACAGACUAAAACAUUUAACACAUAGUGAUUCGUAAGAGAAAAAUCAAAAGAUAAACAUUUUUUUGUAAUUAAUCCGAAGGGAAAUAAGAAGAAGAAUGAAAAGAGGAUAAAUAAUGCAAAUAAAUUGCUUUUCAUGCAACACGAAAUUCACUGACACGCAAUCGCACACAAUUUUGACACAUGCGAUAAUAUUUUUUUAAACGAAAAACAUAAAAAAAAUCCUAUGAAAAUUUCGAAUGAAGCGAGGGAAAAAAAAGAAAACAAACUUCUUUAGAAUUAUUUCGUUUUUUUUUUAAAUUCCCGAUGUAAGUUUAAAUUAUUAAAAUUGUAAAUUUUUAGAUAGCUGCUACAAAUCGAUUGAAAUAAAAUCAAUCUCAAAUGUUCUUUAUUUUA